AUGGGUAGCUCCGUGACGUCUGCCGGAGAACAUGGACGUCAGACGAGCAAGAGCGGACUGGGCCACGCCCUCCUUGGUCUUCUCGACGCGGAAAGCGAGGCAAGCGUAUCCAUUGUAGACGUUCCCGGGGGGGAAAAGCCCAAUGGUGGCGGGGGCUCCAAUGGUGGCGGGGACGACAAGGAUGAAGACAAGGAUGACGAGGGCUUCGGAGGACCUGAGAUUACCACGAUCGCAGUCAGCACUGCCCUUCCCACGGGUGUCGCCGCAGUAGGAUUGGCGACGGCUGUGGUGGGAGCCGGAGUGGGCCUUGCAACUGCACCCCCAAUCCAGCCCCCUUCCACUUCGGGGGUCCUCAGCGUCACCCCCCUCCCUGCGGCUACGCCCGUCACGGCAGCAGUAGCCGCCGCACUGGGGAGUGCCAUCUUGGCAGGAGACAUCAAUGCUGCCGCACAGUUGUUCAUCGAAUCCAACGACAUCCGGGGGCUGGUGCUGGGGCUGCAGAUCCCUCCAGGCAUCAGCGGCUCACCCAGCGGAGACAGAAACACGAAUGGAGACGUCGUUGCACUCAAGGCCGUGGCGUUGGCAAUUCUGUCUGCAGCGGGACUCGAAUCCAAGCUGACGGAGGUCCUCGUCCGUGCAGCGAUUUUCCCUUCUCAGGAAGCUGGCAACAAGGGCCUGACUCUGGAAAUUGAACAGCUCAUCGAUGAUGUAUUCAACAACCUGUCCAAUCGGGAUUUGCUUCAACGGAUCUUGGAUGCAGAUGCCAAUACGGUGCGAUUCCAUGCCGAUACUAGAGUGCUUUCUUGUAUGAAAGCAAACUCCAAUAGCCUUUUUCUUAUCUAG